GUACUCUUUUUAUUCAGUCGCUCAAUUCUGAUCUAUAUCUCCAGAUCUACAUAUCUAUACAGUUAUCAUUCCCUCCAAAAAUGAAGAAGAAAAAGAGAAAAAAAAGGAAGAUCCAAAAGAGUUUUUGCAAUAUUUUGAAUUGACGGAAUUGGGAAAAAGGGUAACCCAUCCUAGUAGUUAUAUAUUUGCUUAAAUCAUCUUAGUGCAUCCGAAUUUCAGUAUGUUUGAAAGGCUUGCCUAUUUAAUAUUUGCAUAUUAUGUGAUUUUAUUAAUUUAUAUUAAAUGAACCUCACUAAUAUUUCAUGUAGGUUGGUAUGGGACUAGCUUCUAUAAUUUUUUGCAUAAAAUUUCCUUUUGGUAGUGGCUAAUCAAACUAAAAAAUAAAAUAGAACCAUUUGUACAAAUUUUGCAUGCAGGGAAAAUGGGUCAUAGAUUGAAACCUUAACAUGCCAAUUAGGCAGAUAUUCAAAUUGCAUGGGAUUGCAAAGGAGGGUGAUUUGGUGAAUGUGAAGAAGGACAUGGGGUGGUCAAUUCAAAAACUAAGUUAAUCUUUUUUUGAGGAUCAACCAUAAUACAGUCACUUUUUUAAUGAAACUAAGUUAGUUUUUUUAUUAGAAACAUCAUAAUCAUAGUACUGUCACUUUUAUGAGAAGCAAUUCCUGGUGUUGUCGGAUCAUUCUUCAGAUAUUAUAUGUUGGCGGAAUAAGAGUUUGAAUUGCUUGGUUUUGGGGUGUUGCUGUUGGUUUCUAGUUUUUUACUUCUUCAUUGUUUAGUUUUCUUAUGAAAAUUAUUUUACUAGGAAACUAAUUGAAAGAAGUAAUUCUAUUUAUUUUUUCAGUCUUCUUAUAGUUAAUGUUUUACUGGUUAGCUAAUGGAAAGAAGCAAUUCUGUUCGUAUAAUAGGUAACAUUCUUUCUUUUCUUUUAAAGGGCAAAUUUUGUCCCAGUAAGAAUACUGCAAGUCAAUGCAGCUUUACUUGCUACUCACAGAUGAACAAUAUUUGAGCGAAAAAGCUACUUGGGUGGAAUCAGACGAUAUCUGUACAUAGUUUUGCCACUUUAUUCCCCUUUUCAAUUAUUGAAACAAUGUGUAUCUUAUGGAGUGCAAUCCAAUACCUGUAUCUUUUGCUGAUGGUGGGAUCUAAUUCUAUGGUUUCUGUUUACACCAUAAAUUGCAAAAUUUUAAACAAAGCAUUUUGGUCUGUUUGUGUAACCUCCCGAGAUUUGUUUGUUGGCUGUAGUUUGAACACUCUCAACUCCAGAUGUGGCAUGAAACUUUAUGCACCGAACCAAUUCUGUCGGCAGUUAGGGUACUGCCAAGACAUACCAUUCACGCCACUAUUUUCCUUCAACUACAGCUAUCCCCUUCGGUUUAUGAUUGGGGAUUCAAAGAUUUUGGUUACCAAACUUGCUGACAUCACGAAAACUCUGCAGACGCUGAUCCUACCAGACCCUCCAUUCAGACCAAGCUGCACUUCUUCUUACAAAAGUUGGUGGCGAAACUACUUUCAUCCUCGGUUUCUUGAUGUUAUGGAGAAUAUUUCUGUUCUGGUCCCUCCGGAACUCACCAAAAAAUCUGAAGGGAAGAAAGUAGUAAAAGAGAAUGAGGACCUGGAAUCUGCCAUGGCCGCCCAGAUCAGCCAGCCAAAUCUGCCAAGGAGAGCUCCCAAACUUCAAGUCAAAAGGAAAUUUGCUACUCCUGUAGAUUCCACGGAAGAAGAUACCCCCUCCAAGCAACGAAGAACCGGAGGGAUCAAGAGGUUAGCAGUAAAACCAUCUGCAACCAAGAAACUUAUCAAACCUGCCUCUCCCUCGAGGUCCUCUUCUGCCACAGAAACCGAGACGCAACCUGACAAAACAGAAGAUGUUUCCCUUGGUCCUGCUGCCACAAAAGCUCCUAUUUAAGACAUAUCUGCUGAGGGUGAUGAAAGCAAUUCUAGCUCUUCUCGUACCAAAUCUGGCGAUGGUUCUUCUCCUGCCACAAAGGUUAGGGGUUCUAGAUUCUCUUCACGCAUAGCAAUCAAAAGCUUUAGAACAGUUAGAUCGAAUGAACUCAUCGAUCUAAGCCCUGACAAAGAGAAUACCCCUACACCCGUAGCUUCUCCUGCUAGGCAUGUUCAUGUUGAUGACAUUGAGGUUGUUUUACU